GCGCGUCCAGUGAUGACUGGGGGAUCCCGGCAAGUAACAUGACUAAAAAGAAGCGGGAGAAUCUGGGCGUCGCUCUAGAGAUCGAUGAGCUAGAGGAGAAGCUGUCCCAGUGUCGGAGAGACCUGGAGGCCGUGAACUCCAGGCUCCACAGCCGGGAGCUGAGCCCAGAGGCCAGGAGGUCCCUGGAGAAGGAGAAAAACAGCCUGAUGAACAAAGCCUCCAACUACGGUAAGAAAGUUCCUUUCAGUUACCAGCCCCGGCCUCCAGUCCCCAGAGCCAGGAAGGGUCAGAAGCCCAAGGGGCCUGACAAGGCAGCAGGGAGCAAGGGGGUUCUUUGGGAAGGAACCAGCCCCCAGAGGCUGCAGACACCCCUGCUAGGCCCAGCAGCCUGCGGGAGAGCGGGUUUGUUACUUUGUUCUAAGGGAGGAUGAGACGGCCUGUGGGUCUGUCUGCUCUUUGGGAUGAAGGGAUGUGGCUGUGGCCAGGUCUAGAAGACACUCAUUCACCUAGACAUCGGAAGUCUGCUCUCCCCACGCCCCAGCCCAGCCCAGCCCACCACACCCUCCCAGGAAAACCAUGCAGUGGAAGUGAGGGGUAAAGGAAGCUGAACCUCCCACUUGGGUACGGCAAGGGCUCCUGUGGGUGGAGCGAUGCCGCCACCUUCUGGGCGCUGGGGGCAGAGGCAGGUAGAGGCCAGGCCCGGCAGGGCGCCAGAGGGCAGCUGGCAGGCUGGUGGGCUCCCUGCUAAAGGCUGGGGAGGACCACGGUCUACAGGUGCUCCUCAGACUUGUCAGUUCUGUUCUCCCCUGGGGGACCAGGCCUGGCCAAGAAUCAGCCCCAGGAAGGCUCUAAGGGCAGGGAGUCCCCCAGAAGCACUGAUGAAUGUUGUAGGCACAGUGCACACCUGCCAGCCCUGCCUGGAGGUCAGCAUGUCUAGGCCGGUGCACCCUGGGCCCUGGACUCAGUCUGGCCUGCCCAGAGCAGCUCUGCAGGUGUCUCCUCCCACUGCCCAGCACAGACAGGGAUGGGACAUUAGUUUCCCUUCAAGUUUAGCAGUUUUCACACAAAACCACAUCACCACUCAAUUUAGCCCUCACAGAGUACCCCCUACCUGCGUGUCACCUGGAGGGGAUACUUGGAUACAAGUGUGGCCAUAGAGCAGCAGGACUGAUUUCCUCUAGAGUCAAGACCAGCUGCCUCAUGGACACAAACUGCAUCUUAGCAUCCCUAGAUUCUGCUCAACCAGGCACCCAGCAGAGGGCAGAGACUCAGGAAACACACGGCCCCACCUGGCACCUCCUCCACUGCCAAGGAGGCCCCAGGUGCCCUCAGUUUCUGGUUGGCGGAUGAGCUGCCUGGAAGGAUGAGCACCACACAGCCAGCCCCACGACAGGCCAGCAGACUCACCUGGCAAUGUCACCACCUCCUAGCUUGGCUCUCAGGUGUGACAUUUUUGGUGACUCCUCACCCACCUCACCCUCAACCUCAACCACAUUUAAAGAGCAAUAGUUGAGCAGCACUGGGCAUUGGGACUUUAUCAGGCUGGUUCUGCAGCCAAAAGGGUAUCAGGAUUUGGGCAGAUUAAGAAGGGCAGGGUCAUUUUUUAUGGGUAAGGAGGUGGCUGGAAGGGUGCGUCUCUGCCCUCAGCAGUGUGUACCCACUCGUUGGAGAGGCAGAGCAGAACAACAGACGGGCCUAAACUGCCUGUCUCAUCCCUCUUAUCCUCUUUCCUCCCAGAGAAGGAACUGAAGUUUCUUCGACAAGAGAACCGGAAGAACAUGCUGCUCUCCGUGGCCAUCUUUAUCCUCCUGACCCUCGUCUAUGCCUACUGGACCAUGUGAGCCUGGCACUUCCCCACAACCAACACUUGGUCAGGACCAAGCAGGCACUUCAAGCCUCAACAGGACCAAGGUGCUGGGGUGUUCCCCUCCCAACCUAGUGUUCAAGCAUGGCUUCCUGGCGGCCCAGGCCUUGCCUCCCUGGCCUGCUGGGGGGUUCCGGGUCUCCAGAAGGACAUGGUGCUGGCCCCUCCCUUAGCCCAAGGGAGAGGCGAUAAAGAACACAAAGCUGU